AAGCUUGUCGUCCUUGAAUUGUAGAGACGUCCUAGUUAUAGGGCUCCUAUAGGGGUCCUCGACUUUUCCCCGUUGUCGCCUUGGCUUGCCCCCGCCAAUCCUUCCAUCGUCCGACCGCCAUCCCUACUGGCGCUUCCGAACCACCACGCGAAGCUCGACCCGACCACUCCCCGCGUGAUCUCAUCUCCCGCUUCGACCUUAUAACAUAUUGGAUGAAAGGACGGUUGACGACGAGCCUCGUGUGGUGUCAUGCGAGGCACGCACGUCGUUGUCAAUUGAGACAAGCCGAAUAAAUGGGUUCCGACGCCGAUAAAGCAACUAACGUGUCGCUCGACGACUCGCCUUCAAAGCCCUCCUUUUUCUCGCGCCUGACCUCUCCGCUUCGAUCUCGAACACGAAACCUAGCCGAUUUUCACGUUCGCCUUCAAGAACCUCACCGCCAAUACUCUGCCGGCGACCAUGUUAGGGGUCAUAUCAUCCUCUCCGUUGUCAAGCCUAUCCGCAUAACACACCUUACUGUUGCUUUGCAUGGCUUCGUUCGCGUUUACAAGCAUGCGGGCGCGGGCGCCCAGCUUAGCAAUAUCAACCCGGCCAUUAUUUCCCACGAGAAAAACCGAAAUGUCAGAUACUUUGGCAACGGGGUCGCCUCGCUAUUUCAAGACGAACAAGUUCUAUGCGGUGAAGGGAGGCUGAAACCGACUAGAUUUGAGUUUGAAUUUGAUCUGAUAUUUCCUUCUAAAGGACUUCCCAGUAGUAUUGAUUUUGAGAGAGGGACCAUCUCUUAUAUGGUCACUGCUACUUUAACGAGACCAACCUCCAUUGCCGCGACAUCCAGCUGUGAGACAAAAGUAGCGCUCGUCGAGAAGGUGGAUAUAGGCUUGCUUGGACCCCCACAUGAGCGGAAAGUAUGCAUGCAAACGUUACGCAGGAGACCCAAAAAGAAAAAGAAGCUGGCACCACCCGUCGCAUCGACUGCCAAACAAGGACCACUGUCGAUAGAAACCCAAGAACCAGCGUCGGAUUUGGAUUCUACCAGGGUGAAUGAAAAUUCUACCGGCAGUUCCGUCAGUCUCGCCGAAGUCACAACCACAGCCGGACCGGGCGGAAGCCAUCUACCUCGGAGUCCAUUGCGGAGCGAUUUAACGACGGGUGACUUGCAAAGCGAAAUUAGCGGGGAUAGUGCUAUAAGCAAUAACAGCGGCUCUAAUAGUGUUAGAGCCGCUGGUGCAAGUGCUGAAUCCGUUGCAGCAAGUAAGUUAUCCGGAGGUGAUGGCAGAGAGAUUACUGCUACGGUUGAACUGCUCAAAGGAGGUUGUCUACCUGGAGACAUACUGCCGGUAAAGAUUCGAAUCGAACAUAACCGUCGUAUGAAAAGUAUGCAUGGCAUCAUUGUCACACUUUACCGCCAGGGUCGAGUCGACUACUCACCGCCGAUAUCUUUAUUCACCACGGACUUAUCUAAAGAGGAAGCCAAGCGGCUAGAACGCGAGGACUAUUAUCCAAGGUCGAGAACUGGCCUCGGAGGGUUGUCCUUAUCCUCCGCUGGUUCUUGUAGCGUAUUCCGAAAGGACCUGUCGCAAGCGGUCGCGCCACUUAUCAUCGAUCCUGCUACACUCUCGGCAAAUAUCACGACAUCUGUCAGAGUCCCGGAGGAUGUAUUUCCGAGUAUAAGGAAUGUUCCCGGGGGCCUCAUCAGUUUCAAGUACCAUGUUGAAGUCGUAUUGGACCUAGGAGGCAAGCUUGCUGGUCAGUCGACUGGAAGUUCGCAACAACCAAGUAGGUUGGCUUCAUUGGGUGUUCCAGGUGGCAAUCCUGCCGCAGCGGUCGGGUCAUAUGAUCUGAAGCGUCUUGCAAAUUGGAACGGUACGAUCGUGGACACCGAUCAUCUAAGGCGCGAAAAAGGUGUCAUCUCAGUAUCAUUCGAGGUUGUCGUCGGGACUAUGGAUUCGAGCCGCACACGGGGCAAGUCCGUUGUGCGCCCCACACUGACAGUGCAUGCACCUCCUAAUGAGGCUGGCGAUGCGGAGAAUGGUGAACCGGAUUAUACUUGGCACAAUGAAUAUGAUGAGAACAAUUACAGCGGGGACUACGUUUCGGGACAACUCGAGCCGUCGCCCCAGAAUUAUUUGCCACCUGGUGCGUCUCCUCAAACAUCAUAUUACGACUUUCAAGAUCGAGAAUCACACGCCCCGGUUUAUAUACCGCCACCAGAAUUGCCUAGGGAUAGUGAGUUAUCAGAGAAGGAGCGGGUACGACAAGCCGAGCAAAGACUGUUACCAAGCCAGCCGCCGUCAGCACCACUUCCACCUCAACAGCCUUCUGAUUCGGAAGCUGGACCUUCACAACCAUCUGCCCCAGGCGACCUUUCCGCUCCAGCAGAUAACGUCGACGAUUCAGAUGCCCAGGCUUUAUUGCCGACCCCAGAGAAUGAAGGGCCAUCGGCUCCCACACUGGGGGAUCUGACACCAACAGGUCACUCAACGUCGCAUGCCGAUGACAAGCAAGAGCUUGAACGUCGUCGGUUGCUUCAGGAGGCUAGUGCCCCUCCUGACGUCCCCGAAGACUAUGAGAGUAGUGGGCCGUCGGCGCCUCCUCUCGGCCAAUCGCAGGGUCUGGAGCCAACAGCCCCAGUCUUCAAUGAUAACCACGACUACGAAGCUCGAGAUCCCUACCACGAUAUCGCCGGACCUUCCCAGCGACACACAGGCUCAGAGCCGUUACCAAAGUACGAGCGGUAAUGAAUAUUGCAGUAUGAUAAGCCUCUUAUUUUGGAUUUUGGAUGUUUUUUGUAGAUAUCCAGUCACAAUUGAUGGUUCGGAACGGAAUUCGACUCCGUCGACACUUUGCUUUGUAUAUUGCAUUAUAGGGCAGUUUUGCAUCUGAUCCGAUGAACGACCUGCAUUAAAAUAGCGAUUUGGAAUUAUUUAUUAUUUAACAAUCUACAUACACUCUCCGAAAGGAUUAUGGCGGAGAUUUGGUUGUAUAUAUCGGUCGUGGGAUGGAUCAAAAAAGGCU